CCGUGUUCGGUGAAGGAAGCCAAAAGUUGUGAAUAUGCAGGACGUUCCAGUACUGUGGUAUCCUGGCUGCUGCUGUGUCCUGCUGGUGAAGAGGUCUCUGCUUGUCUCUUAAGGUGCGGUGUUGUUCCAGUGUACUCUGGUCUCCAGGAUCUUCUCCUGUCAUCAUGAACAUGAUGUUCACCCUGUGUCUGCUGCUCUGCGCUACUCUGGCUCUGGGGAAAAUGCCACCUGAAGUCUCUACAGUGUGUGUACCAGUGAUUUCAGGUCCUCACACUAGGUGCCAGAGAGAGGCCAGUGUGACGGUCCCUGGAGCCUUCCUGUCCCAGUGUGACCCCCAGGGCCAGUACCUCCCCACCCAGUGCUGGGAGGCUACAGGGUACUGCUGGUGCGUCAACGCUGCAGGAGAGGAGGUACAGGGUACGCGUACUCCUCCAGGACAACCAAGACCCAACUGUGCAGUCCGUCCUCUGACCUUGUGUGAGCAGAGGAGGGCCAGUGUGACCGCGACGGUCGCUGGAGCUUACGUCCCCCAGUGUGACUCCCAGGGCCGGUUCCUCCCUACCCAGUGCUGGGAGUCUACAGGGCAGUGCUGGUGUGUCAACGCUGCUGGAGAAAUGGUCCCUGGGACAAUGACUUCUCAAGGACAACCAAGACCCAACUGUGCAGGUUCCACCCCCACUCUCCCAGGUCAUCCUCUGACCAUGUGUGAGUGGUGGAGGGCCGGUGUGUCCCACCUCCCUGGAUCCUUCCAACCCCAGUGUGACUCCCAGGGCCAGUUCCUCCCCAUCCAGUGCUGGGAGGCUACAGGGCAAUGCUGGUGUAUCAACCGUGCUGAAGAAGUGGUCCUUGGGACACUGACUCCUCGAGGACGACCAAGACCCAGCUGUACAGGUCUUUCUCAGACUAGCUGUGAACGUUUGAGGGCCAGUGCUUCCCAAGUCCCUGGAGCCUACGUCCCCCAGUGUGACUCAGAGGGCAGGUUCCUCCCCACCCAGUGCCGGGUCUCUACAGGGCAGUGCUGGUGUGUCAACGCUGCUGGAGAUGAGGUCCCUGGGACACUCACUUCUCCAGGCCAAACAAGACCCACCUGUCCAGUUCGUCUUAUGACCAGGUGUGAGUUCUGGAGCGCCAGUGUGUCCCACCUCCCUGGAGCUUACGUCCCCCAGUGUGACUCCCAGGGCCAGUUCCUCCCUACCCAGUGCCGGGUCUCUACAGGGCAGUGCUGGUGUGUCACCCCUGCUGGAGAGAUGGUCUCUGGGACACUGACUUCUCAAGGACAACCAAGACCCAACUGUGCCGGUUCCACCCCCACUCUCCCAGGUCAUCCUCUGACCAUGUGUGAGUGGUGGAGGGCCGGUGUGUCCCACCGCCCUGGAUCCUUCCAACCCCAGUGUGACUCCCAGGGCCAGUUCCUCCCCAUCCAGUGCUGGGAGGCUACAGGGCAAUGCUGGUGUAUCAACCGUGCUGAAGAAGUGGUCCUUGGGACACUGACUCCUCGAGGACGACCAAGACCCAGCUGUACAGGUCUUUCUCAGACUAGCUGUGAACGUUUGAGGGCCAGUGCUUCCCAAGUCCCUGGAGCCUACGUCCCCCAGUGUGACUCAGAGGGCAGGUUCCUCCCCACCCAGUGCCGGGUCUCUACAGGGCAGUGCUGGUGUGUCAACGCUGCUGGAGAUGAGGUCCCUGGGACACUCACUUCUCCAGGCCAAACAAGACCCACCUGUCCAGUUCGUCUUCUGACCAGGUGUGAGUUCUGGAGCGCCAGUGUGUCCCACCUCCCUGGAGCCUACAUCCCCCAGUGUGACUCCCAAGGCAGCUUCUUCCCCACCCAGUGCUGGGUCUCUACAGGGCAGUGCUGGUGUGUCACCCCUGCUGGAGAAGUGGUCCCUGGGACAGUGACUCCUGCGGGACAAGAAAGACACAGCUGCACAGAUCGUCCCCAGACCUUGUGCGAGGAGCGAAGGACCGCCGGGGCGACGGUCGCUGGAGCCUACGUCCCCCAGUGUGACUCCCAGGGCCAGUUCCUCCCUACCCAGUGCCGGGUCUCUACAGGGCAGUGCUGGUGUGUCACCCCUGCUGGAGAGAUGGUCUCUGGGACACUGACUCCUCAAGGACAACCAAGACCCAACUGUGCCGGUUCCACCCCCACUCUCCCAGGUCAUCCUCUGACCAUGUGUGAGUGGUGGAGGGCCGGUGUGUCCCACCUCCCUGGAUCCUUCCAACCCCAGUGUGACUCCCAGGGCCAGUUCCUCCCCAUCCAGUGCUGGGAGGCUACAGGGCAAUGCUGGUGUAUCAACCGUGCUGAAGAAGUGGUCCUUGGGACACUGACUCCUCGAGGACAACCAAGACCCAGCUGUACAGGUCUUUCUCAGACUAGCUGUGAACGUUUGAGGGCCAGUGCUUCCCAAGUCCCUGGAGCCUACGUCCCCCAGUGUGACUCAGAGGGCAGGUUCCUCCCCACCCAGUGCCGGGUCUCUACAGGGCAGUGCUGGUGUGUCAACGCUGCUGGAGAUGAGGUCCCUGGGACACUCACUUCUCCAGGCCAAACAAGACCCACCUGUCCAGUUCGUCUUAUGACCAGGUGUGAGUUCUGGAGCGCCAGUGUGUCCCACCUCCCUGGAGCUUACGUCCCCCAGUGUGACUCCCAGGGCCAGUUCCUCCCUACCCAGUGCCGGGUCUCUACAGGGCAGUGCUGGUGUGUCACCCCUGCUGGAGAGAUGGUCUCUGGGACACUGACUCCUCAAGGACAACCAAGACCCAACUGUGCCGGUUCCACCCCCACUCUCCCAAGUCAUCCUCUGACCAUGUGUGAGUGGUGGAGGGCCGGUGUGUCCCACCGCCCUGGAUCCUUCCAACCCCAGUGUGACUCCCAGGGCCAGUUCCUCCCCAUCCAGUGCUGGGAGGCUACAGGGCAAUGCUGGUGUAUCAACCGUGCUGAAGAAGUGGUCCUUGGGACACUGACUCCUCGAGGACAACCAAGACCCAGCUGUACAGGUCUUUCUCAGACUAGCUGUGAACGUUUGAGGGCCAGUGCUUCCCAAGUCCCUGGAGCCUACGUCCCCCAGUGUGACUCAGAGGGCAGGUUCCUCCCCACCCAGUGCCGGGUCUCUACAGGGCAGUGCUGGUGUGUCAACGCUGCUGGAGAUGAGGUCCCUGGGACACUCACUUCUCCAGGCCAAACAAGACCCACCUGUCCAGUUCGUCUUCUGACCAGGUGUGAGUUCUGGAGCGCCAGUGUGUCCCACCUCCCUGGAGCCUACAUCCCCCAGUGUGACUCCCAAGGCAGCUUCUUCCCCACCCAGUGCUGGGUCUCUACAGGGCAGUGCUGGUGUGUCACCCCUGCUGGAGAAGUGGUCCCUGGGACAGUGACUCCUGCGGGACAAGAAAGACACAGCUGCACAGAUCGUCCCCAGACCUUGUGCGAGGAGCGAAGGACCGCCGGGGCGACGGUCGCUGGAGCCUACGUCCCCCAGUGUGACUCCCAGGGCCAGUUCCUCCCCACCCAGUGCUGGGAGUCUACAGGGCAAUGCUGGUGUGUCAACGCUGCUGGAGAAAUGGUCCCUGGGACACUGACUCCCCAAGGACAACCAAGACCCAGCUGUGCAGAUCGUCCUCAGACUAGGUGUGAACUGUGGAGGGCCAGUGUGUCCCAACUCCCUGGAGCCUACGUCCCCCAGUGUGACGCCCAGGGCCAGUUCCUCCCCACCCAGUGCCGGGUCUCUACAGGGCAGUGCUGGUGUGUCACUCCUGCCGGAGAAGUGGUCUCUGGGACACUUACUUCUCAAGGACAACCAAGACCCACCUGCACAGGUGUUCUCCCUCCCUAUCCUCCUACCGUCCCCACCCUUCCAGAUCGUCCCCAGACCUUGUGUGAGCAGAGGAGGGCCAGUGUGACGGUCGCUGGAGCCUACGUCCCCCAGUGUGACUCCCAGGGCCAGUUCCUCCCCACCCAGUGCUGGGAGUCUACGGGGCAAUGCUGGUGUGUCAACGCUGCUGGAGAAAUGGUCCCUGGGACACUGACUCCCCAAGGACAACCAAGACCCAGCUGUGCAGAUCGUCCUCAGACUAGGUGUGAACUGUGGAGGGCCAGUGUGUCCCACCUCCCUGGAGCUUACGUCCCACAGUGUGACUCUCAGGGCCAGUUCCUCCCCACCCAGUGCCGGGUCUCUACAGGGCAGUGCUGGUGUGUCACCCCUGCUGGAGAGGUGGUCUCUGGGACACUGACUUCUCAAGGACAACCAAGACCCACCUGCACAGGUGUUCUCCCUCCCUAUCCUCCUACCGUCCCCACCCUUCCAGAUCGUCCCCAGACCUUGUGUGAGCAGAGGAGGGCCAGUGGGACAGUCGCUGGAGCCUACGUCCCCCAGUGUGACUCUCAGGGCCAGUUCCUCCCUACCCAGUGCCAGGAGUCUACAGGGCAGUGCUGGUGUGUCACCCCUGCUGGAGAGGUGGUCUCUGGGACACUGACUCCUCAAGGACAACCAAGACCCAACUGUGCAGUCUCCCCAGGUCGUCCUCUAACUAAGUGUCAGAAGGAGGCCAGUAAGACCCCUCUCCCUGGAGCCUACCUCCCCCAGUGUGACCCCCAGGGCCAGUACCUCCCCACCCAGUGCUGGGGCUCUACAGGGUACUGCUGGUGCGUCACCGCUGCAGGAGAGGAGGUACAGGGUACGCGUACUCCUCCAGGACAACCAAGACCCAACUGUGCAGUCUCCCCAGGUCGUCCUCUAACUAAGUGUCAGAAGGAGGCCAGUAAGACCCCUCUCCCUGGAGCCUACCUCCCCCAGUGUGACCCCCAGGGCCGGUACCUCCCCACCCAGUGCUGGGGCUCUACAGGGUACUGCUGGUGCGUCACCGCUGCAGGAGAGGAGGUACAGGGUACGCGUACUCCUCCAGGACAACUAGGACCCAACUGUGCAGGUCGUCCUCUGACUAAGUGUCAGAAGGAGGCCAGUGAGACCCCCCCCUCUGGAGUCUACGUGCCCCAGUGUGACCCCCAGGGCCAGUACCUGCCCACCCAGUGUGCGGGUGGGUUUACAGCCCCAUGCUGGUGCGUCAACAGUGCUGGACAGGAGACCCCUGGGACUCGAACCUUUGGAGGACAAAGACCCAACUGUGCAGUCUCCCCAGGUCGUCCUCUAACUAAGUGUCAGAAGGAGGCCAGUAAGACCCCUCUCCCUGGAGCCUACCUCCCCCAGUGUGACCCCCAGGGCCGGUACCUCCCCACCCAGUGCUGGGGCUCUACAGGGUACUGCUGGUGCGUCACCGCUGCAGGAGAGGAGGUACAGGGUACGCGUACUCCUCCAGGACAACUAGGACCCAACUGUGCAGGUCGUCCUCUGACUAAGUGUCAGAAGGAGGCCAGUGAGACCCCCCCCUCUGGAGUCUACGUGCCCCAGUGUGACCCCCAGGGCCAGUACCUGCCCACCCAGUGUGCGGGUGGGUUUACAGCCCCAUGCUGGUGCGUCAACAGUGCUGGACAGGAGACCCCUGGGACUCGAACCUUUGGAGGACAAAGACCCAACUGUGCAGGUGUGUGUGUGUGUCAUCCCCAGACCAGGUGUGAGCAGUGGAGGGCCAGUGUGGUGGCCAUCCGUGGAGUGUACCACCCUCAGUGUGACUCCCAGGGCCAGUUCCUCCCCUCUCAGUGUUCAGUGUCGACACGGUACUGCUGGUGUGUCACUCCUGCAGGAGUGGCCAUCCCCAGGACACUGACUGCUCCAGGACAACCCAGACCUGACUGCUCAGUUCGUCCUCAGACCUUCUGUGAGUACUGGAAGUCCAGUGUGUCCCCUCAGCCUGGAGCCUACUCCCCCCAGUGUGACUCAGAGGGCCAGUUCCUCCCCACCCAGUGCUGGGGCUCUACAGGGCGAUGCUGGUGUGUCACCGCUGCUGGAGACGGGAUCUCUGACACAGAGACUGUUCCAGGACAACCAAGACCCAACUGCGCAGUUGUUCCUCUGACCUUCUGUCAGUUAUGGAGGAACAAUAUGACCCCUCUUCCUGGGGCUUUUAUCCCCGAGUGUGACUCCCAUGGUCAGUUCAAGGCCACCCAGUGCUGGCCUUCUUAUGGGAUGUGCUGGUGUUUUGACCCUAUUGGAGACAUUAUUGGAGACCCUGGGACAAUGACUUCUCCAGGAAAUCCAAGACCCACCUGUGAAUAGACCUGUGGUGACUGUGUAGGUGAGGGACGAUUAGUGACUGUGUGCGGGCCCUGUAUGUAUGUGCCUGUCUAUCCAUCUGUCUAUAUCCAUCUCUCUAUCCUUCUCUUUCUAUCUCUCCAUCCAUCUCUCUGAUCUGGUGUCCAAUAAAGUUAAAUCAACCAAUA